GCACAAGAUUCAAUUUCUAGAUCAGAAGAAGAUGACGGAUCAGAACAGACAAAUUUCGCAAGAAGAAGUAUGUUAUACGUUCCGGGAAGUAGUGAUAAGAUGAUCAAAAAGAGUCAAAAUAGCGAAGCAGAUUGUAUAAUUUUUGACUUGGAAGAUAGUGUUGCACAACAUCGAAAAGGAGCAGCACGUGAAAGUGUCUUUCAUGGUUUGAAUGCUGCUCCAAGACCCGGUCCUGAAUUGGCAGUUCGUAUCAAUCCUCCUUCUGGCGAUUUAAAUUUAGCAAGUGAUGAUCUUGACGUUAUCCUUCCGAGUACGGCAUUAAACACGAUCGUCGUUCCAAAAGUUGAAUCGAUCGAUGAUGUCAUCUUUAUUAUGGAAAAGAUUCAAUAUCAUCGUUCUUCUGCGCCAAAGAAUCAUUUCAAAAAAAUAUCACUCGUUCUUUCAAUCGAGAGCGCAAAUUCACUCUUACAAAUGCAAAAUAUCAUUGAGGCAUUUGAAUUGGAACAGGAAGAUCGUGACAUGUAUGAUCAAGUUGAAAUUGGCGCUUUAUUAUUUGCCAGUGAGGAUUACUGUGCUUCUACAGGCAUCAUUCGUAGUAAAUCAAGAAAAGAAUUACACUUUCCACGAGCACACAUGGCAACCAUUGCGAAAGCGUAUGAUCUACAAGCGAUCGAUAUGGUAUGCAUCGAUUAUAAAGAUUUGGAAUAUCUACAAGAAGAAGCACAAGAAGGUAGAUCGUUUGGAUUUGAUGGAAAACAAGCAAUUCAUCCUGCACAAGUGGAAACAAUUCAAAAAUUCUUUACGCCAGGAGAAAAAGAAGUUGAACGGGCUGCAAAGAUUAAAUUUGCUUAUGAACAAUCGGUUGAAGAUGAUAAAGGUGCAGUGGGAUUUGUUGAAGGUGAAAGUAUGAUCAUGAUUGAUGCACCAAUGCUUAAACAAGCUGAUGCCGUUUUGGCAAAAGCUCGUGCUGCCGGACUGACUAUUCCU